AUUAAGAUAGCUAAUCUACUAGCAUAUCGUGGUGUUUCUAUGCUAGUUGAAUGUCCGUGUGUGGUUGAAUGUGGGCUAGAAAUACCGUGAAUGUUGUGAAGGAUCAAGCUUGUAAAAUGGCUGGUAUUUAGAAGUGUUUUAGGGCUCUUGGACGACAUCUUUUGUCAGAUCAACUGUAUUGGACAUUUGCUGAUACAAUGCAUUACUGAUCAACGUAAAAAGUGCCUUUUUAUAGCAUUUGCAAUCACAACUUUUAAAUGAAAUGUACCUUUGUUGCCUCUCCCAGUCGUUUUUAACAAAGAACAUCGAUUUAAAAAAUAUUGGGUUCCCUUACCACAUUUAUCUUGGAUCAAUAACGACACAUUAUUCAUGUCAAAAGUAAAGUAGUGUGACGGACAGACAGAGCAACAGGUGAUCCUAGUUCCCGGGCUAGACAUGUGAUUGACAGCCGUUUUAGCCAAUCACCUGUCGGAGAAUCUAGUAAACGCACCAAUAGAAAGCACCCGCAGUGUUCGUGUGGGCGUCUAUCCAGACUGACAGCAGUGUCAUCAGCGUUGGAUUCACACUGGGACACAGAGGACAGACAGGGAGGGUUGUGUCCGCUUCAGAGGAAGGAUUUGCUGUCGUUGUGGCCGACAUACAAGGCGUAAAUACACUGUAAUUGCUGGAGCCUUUUUGGAAUAUCAGCAGCUCUGAGGAUUUGUGCUGGACUGGAAUAGGAUCAAAUCUCCCAAACCACCAAUCCUCCCUCAUGAGGAAAGAUGGGGAAUGGAUUGUCUGAACAACCUAGCUUCGUCUCAAACGUCUCAUUCUUCCAGUCGUUUCACAUCGCCAUCCUUGGCCUGGACUCUGCAGGCAAGACCACCGUUCUGUACAGACUGCAGUUCAAUGAGUUUGUGAACACGGUGCCCACCAAAGGUUUUAAUGCGGAGAAGGUGAGAGUGUCUCUGGGCGGCCACAGGUCUGUAAUGUUCCACUUCUGGGAUGUAGGUGGCCAGGAGAAGCUACGCCCCCUGUGGAAGUCGUACACGCGAUGCACGGACGGCAUCAUAUUCGUGGUGGACUCUGUAGAUGCGGAGCGCAUGGAGGAGGCCAAAACGGAGCUCCAUAAAAUCGCCAAGACCUCUGAAAACCAGGGGGUGCCCCUGCUGGUGGUAGCCAACAAACAGGACUUGAGACACUCUUUGGGACUUGCUGAAAUUGAGAAAUUACUGGCUCUGAAAGAACUGGGCCCUGCAACUCCCUGGCACCUGCAGCCAACCUGCGCCAUCAUAGGCGAUGGACUAAGGGAGGGCUUGGAUAGACUCUAUGACAUGAUCCUUAAAAGGAGAAAGGUGCAGCGGCAGCAGAGGAAAAAGAGAUAGACUUGUUCUGAAAGACGAACAUGUGAAAGACUCGACUGCUUUUAUAUGUGAAGGAUAUGGUCCUGGGUGGAUAGAGGCAUCCGCUGCAGGUCCAGAUUCAAAGUGCUGAGUUUUAUCAGUGAAGAAAAGAUUUAUGACUGCCGGUCUUGGUCUUGUGAUGAUGCUGUUGGUCAGGAAGUGACACUUAAAGGAAUACAGUAUGAAGAUGAGAAAGUUUCAGACAUGUGUGGAUAUGAUAUACAAGGUUUAAAUGGAUUUAAACGCACUAAGGGUUCGGGGUCUGGAAGGGUGAUAGAAGUAAAGGAUGCUGUAUGUUUCAGAAAUGGCUGUUCCAAAUAAUAUCACCAAAAAUAUUUGGGAAAGGCUUUGACAAGUUGAAGGUUUUUUUUGUAAAUAUUGAAAAGUGUUUAAUAUGUAAUUAUUAUAUCUUAUUAUUCUUACACUGGACUUUCUUUGUGAAAGAAAAGUGUUAUCGUGCAUUAUUGCAUUAUUAUCGACUUGCUUGCUGUCUUAUAUCCUUUAUUAUAAGCACUUUAGAUUUCUACUUCAUAUGAAGUUUACAGUUUUUAAAUACAGCAUAUUGUGUUUGAUUGAACGGCAAUGUUUGGGGAAAAUACAGAUGCUACUGUAGUUGGUCCAAUUUGACCACAUUAGACAAGUUGUGCAUUAUAUUUAGCUUAAUAAAGCAUUUAGAGCAAUGUGGCAGUAUG